UCUUCAAUUCCAAACUCCACACUCAUCUCAACUCCCUUCCAUCCACUCAUGGGGUUCAUUGCCUUUCCACCAAAGUCAAUUCAUCAUCUCAAGGCAGGGCCUUCAUGCAUUAUCAGAAAACAAGUCAAAAUGGGCAUAGUGUGCCAUUUAAAGGUUGCUCGCAAUGGAAAUAUGGAGAAACUUCAAAAUGGAUAUCUGUUUCCUGAGAUUUCAAUGAGGCAAAUGGUUCAUAUGGAGAAGUAUCCAAAUGCCAAAAUCAUCAGCUUGGGGAUUGGUGACACAACUGAGCCUAUUCCUCUCAUUAUAGCAUCUGCUAUGUCCGAGUAUUCUCAUCAACUCUCCACCAAGGAAGGCUAUCAGGGAUAUGGAGCAGAGCAAGGAGAUAAAGAACUGAGGAAGGCAAUUGCAGCAACUAUUUACAAAGACAUGGGCAUCAAACACACUGAAGUCUUCAUCUCAGAUGGUGCACAAUGCGAUAUCUCUAGAAUUCAGCUGUUGUUCGGAUCCAAUGCCACAAUUGCAGUGCAAGAUCCCACCUUUCCAGCUUAUGUGGAUUCGAGCAUCAUAAUCGGGCAGACAGGCGAAUUCAUGAGGAGCAGCGGCAAGUACGGAGGGAUCGAGUACAUGAAAUGCGGGCCGGAGAACUCCUUCUUCCCUGACUUCGCCGGCGUCCCGAGGACCGACAUCAUCUUCUUCUGCUCGCCUAACAAUCCGACGGGCCACGCCGCGUCGAGGGAGCAGCUGGAGCAGCUGGUGGAGGUGGCGAGCAGGAAUGGCUCAGUCAUCGUCUACGACUCUGCUUAUUCUGCUUAUGUUUCAGACGGCAGUCCUACUUCCAUCUACGAAAUCCCCGGCGCUAAAGAGGUAGCCAUAGAGAUCUCAUCCUUCUCGAAACUCGCUGGAUUUACCGGCAUCCGUCUCGGAUGGACAGUGGUGCCGCACGAGCUUUCAUUCUCCAAUGGCUUCCCCAUUCACAAGGACUUCGACCGCAUCGUCUGCACGUGCUUCAACGGCGCGUCCAACAUCGCACAGAGAGGUGGCCUGGCGUGCCUCUCGAAGGAAGGCAGCAAGGCCAUGAGGAAGGUGAUCCAAGUUUACAAGGAGAAUGCGAGGGUGUUAGCUGAGACAUUUGCUUCGAUGGGUCUCCAGGUUUAUGGGGGCAGUAAUUCUCCUUAUGUUUGGGUUCACUUCCCUGGAAGGAAAUCUUGGCAAGUUUUUGCUGAAAUCCUCGAGAAGACUCACAUAAUUACAGUGCCAGGGAGUGGAUUUGGCCCUGGUGGCGAAGGCUUUAUCAGAGUUAGCUCAUUCAACAGCAGGGAGUGCAUCCGAGAAGCAUGCCACAGGCUCAAGAACUUUCUCUGAAAGCUUCAGCAACUUUCUGAAAAACAAAACAAAACUAUGGAAUAGAAUUCAUAAAGGUCACAAGAAUGUUUGCUUGUCAGUUCAGUUGUAUCGUGAUCCUCAUGAAUUGAGGAGAAACAAUUAAUCACCAUUCCCUUUGCUUGCCCAAAGUCACAAUUAGAUCUUAGCAAUACAUGAAUCACGAACUCAGUGCCUUUCAUGUAUAUCCAAGUCAGAGAUCGUAUCGAAGAAAGAAAACACUCAAAGAUAAGGUUUCAAGAAAAACACACACACACACACACGCUUU